GUCUUUGGUUGUUGUGGAUGACGGUUCACUUCCUGCUGUACAGCGUGAAAUCAAUAACCUAACCUGCAGCAGUUUAAGCGAAAGUAGGAAGAGAGGAGAAACCGAAAAACCUCGCCGCAAAGGGUCCUACUGAAUGAACCCUCAGCAACCAAAUGGUGGAGUUGAUACUUGGAUGACAUGAGAAGAGGAGGCAGGCAGUUAACAGUCGAUCACAUUUCCACUCCGGACUGACAAGAGCAGGACGUAAAAAUGGUGCACGUCUACAACUGCCAUCCUUUCUCCUCGCAGCAGAUAGUACAGGUGGAGCAGGAGCCUGGACUGGUCUGCUGUGGAGGUGGAGCCCUGUUUGUCGUCGCUACUGGAGGAUGCAAGGUGGAGGCCUACAGCGUGGUGCAGGAGGGCUGCCCUCUCAUCUGCCGCUUUGCCACCAUGGGCGCCGUGAGGAAGAUCCAACACAGCAAGAUCGGAGAUUACCUGGUGACCAUCGAAGAAAAGAACAGCGCCACCUACCUGAGAGCCUACACCAACUGGCGCUACCAGGCAGAGGAGAAGGCCCGUGUCGGGGUGCGUUUGCUGGGACACCUGCUGCGUGGGGCAUCUGUGCGGGGCGGGGUGCAGAUGGAGAUCAUUGAGAUCCCUCUGUCAGAGCGUCCUGUGGCUGUGGCGUGCUGCUCUGUAACAGGAGACCUGCUGGUCGGCUGUGAGAACACUCUGGUUCUGUUCACUUUGAGGAGGCAGAACCAGCAGAGCCUGCAGAGUCAGAGUCAGCAGAUCGUUCAGAGCACCUGGCCUAACACUCAGCAGAGCUCCAGUCAGAGUCAAGGUCAGACCUCAAGUUCAAACCAGAACAUUUCCAUCCUGGACUUUGAGCGCUCAGUCAUCCUGCAUCUUCCAAUAAUCAAGCCGAAGCAGGUGUCACUGUGUGCUGGAUAUGUGGCAGUGCGGACGGAGCUGGAGGUUCUCGUCCUGAAGCUGGAUGCAUCCUCAGAAAAUCAAAUGCUGGAUGAAUCUGCAGAAUCAAUAGAACCUCCAGAAGACCAGGCUGACUUCCUGGUCGUUUCCAUACACCAGGAGUUGCUCGGUGAACGAGCUAAAGACUGUGACAUCCCUGUGAGCAUUGAAAAGACCGGGCUGGAGGACAGAGGACAGUACACACUAACAUAUGUUCUCUUCAGACGUUUCAGUCCGGAGUACUUUCAGGGCUGCAGCGAGGACGAGACUCACCUCCACUCCCUACAGCUCUACCCACUGUUCACAAGUAACCAGUCCGAGACUCUGGAGGAACCAGCCUGCGUCUUCUGCUUCUUCUCCCUCCCCACCGCCGGCUACCUGUACAGCCUGAAGGGCGGUGUUGAGCUUCUCUCGGCCUAUCAGUAUCCAGAGAAGGUCCUGGAGGCGGUGCUGACUGACCACCUGUUGCACGUCAUCACAAAAAAUGCGUUGCAGUGUUUCACAGUGCGCUUGGCUGCAGUUGCAGCCCGAAUUGAAGACCCUUACAUCGAUACCACCAUGAAGGCCUGCCCACCUUUCAGCCUGGAGGUGUGUGCGCUCAGGAUGCAGCUGUUCAUCGGGCUGCGCUCGGUGUGUGUUUACCGCCGCCAUGUCAUCCUGCUCUCCACCGCUGACGCAGAGACGUCAGAGGAGACGGAACGCAACACACAGCGCAGAGGCCUCGAGUUGAAAGAACACAACAUGCUGACUGGUAUUUUCCUGGCGGUGGGAAUCGAUCCCGCAACCACGCCGGCUCUGGAGAGCCUUCUAUCACGCCCCUUCCUGAGCAGGAAGUGGCCGUUGUCCUCUUCCAAAGGAAUCACCGCAUCAGGACAUGGUUGGAAUAUCUACGUGGUCGACACCGUGUCCCCGCUCACGCUUUACCAAGAGAUGGUUGAAUACAGCCAGAGGUAUGCAGAGUCAAACCCACAGGCACAAAGCCUCCGUCACCUCCUCAGUGAAGCUCACCUCCUCCUCCGCGCCGCUCUACUCCAAAACUCAGAGCAGCUGCAGGACAGCGAGGACUACCUGGUGGUGUCCCUGCAGAGAGACGGACCGGCGGAGAGACGGACGGCGGCACAGGCGGACACUGGAGAGCUGGAGGAGGCUCUGAGGCAGAACUGUGCUCAGCUGGGAGACUGUUUCAGCAGGGGCAGUCAGAAGGAUUGUCACCUGGCUCUGCCGUACUACAGGAUGGCAGGUCUGCCAGUCACGGAGGUCAUCGCUAGGAACCGCCCAUUCCUCCGCAGCCCUCACUCGUACGGUCCCGGCUUCCUGUUUUACCUGAAGCAUUACCUGUUAGAGGAAACCGAGCAGAGCCUCAGUCAGGAAGCAGCUGAUGAUGUCGUGGACAUUUUCAGCCAAUCAGAGCCCUCGGAACUCGUCAGCGUAUGUGCAAGCCCGCCCAUGACAAACAUCAGUCCGGCCCGGACGCUGCGCAUCUUACAAAACCUGGAGGACACAGCCGGCGUGUCGGUCCCACUCACCAUCACCAUGGCAACCAUGAUGCUGCUCAUGGACGACCUGCCGCAGUACACGCAGCUGAUGGAAAGACACGCAGAGAUGCUGCUGGUGUACAGCUUCAUCGAGGAGCCAAGGAUGUUGGUUCACGGCGGGGUCGGGGGUCAGCACACACCCAUCCGAGUCACAGCUUUGACUCGCCAGCUGGCAAAGUCCAACCCAGGGCUGCUGGUGGCUGCUAUGGUGGCUCUUCAUGAAAACAACAAAGUUCAGCUGGAACAGGCGGAUCACAUAUUCAAGGAGCUGGGCUGUGAGAACAGCUUAGAGGUGGAUUUCUGGGAGGCGAUGCUCAUGGCCUCCUCACAGGACGCUGUCAUCCAGGAGCUUCUGUUCAGAGUGGCGUCUGUGUACAUCGACCGGCUGACUAACACGCACUCGGAAGCUCACCCAGACCCUGCACACAAUCUCUCUAGACAAAAGCCGCUGAAGAGCGCUGAUGAUCUGAUCAACUCGUGCUCUCAUUAUGGCGCUCUGUAUCCGUGGCUCACUGUGCUCAGUCCAGUUCACACUACCAGCUUCCAACACCAGGAGGCGCUGCACAAACUGCAGUCUCUCCUGUGCGGUCCGUCUCUCUCUGUCGGCUCGGUCGUUCCACUGUUGGAGCGUCUGUCCGAGGAAACCCUGUGGGGCUUCAGCCUGCACCUCCUCUGUGCCACCAGAAGGGUGCAGUACGGCAGCAGCAUUGAAAAGCUGCUGGACCGAUGUCCUCAGGCCAUCAUAGCAUACGCCAACCACCAGUUGCAAGACAAGAAUAUGGUGUUGUGGUGGCAGAAGCUGCUCCCGGAGCUUUGUAACAGGACUAGAGCUUCUGCAGACAACAGCAUCCUAUUGGCUGCUCUCAAAGAGACGCUGGUUGUGGUUGCCAUGGAGAUGAGCCCUGCAGAGUUCCUGGAGCUGAUACCUGAUGACGGUACCGCCUCUUACUUCCUGCCUCACCUGUUGACAUGCAGCCAGAGGCACCUGCUGGCCUGACACGCGGACUAUUCAUCCACACACACACACACACACACUGCACGCUCAAACAUUGAUGACCAUGUGAAGUGCACGGUUAACCAAACAACAUUAUUUAAUUCAUGAUUUUGCAAUACAAAACAUACAUCUGUGCAAAAAAUGUCCAGAGAAAGUACAAAGUCAAGGCCUCUGCCGGUCAAAAGGAUAAGCAUGUAAACCUUCUGUUAUGGUUACACUCUUACUGAAAUAAACAUUUGUAUUUUC